GGCCCAGAGAGAAAUAAACAAAGGAGGAAAUUUUACCCCACAUUGCUCAUAAAGUGUAUACUCUGUUUCUGUAGCCUUACAACAUUGAUUGUACAGAUAAUGCAAAGGAUAGAUAAGAUUAUGCAAAGAUUAGAUUCCCAAGAUGGCAUUUGCCCAUAAGCAUAUCAGUAGUGAAAUGAGGAAGGUGGUUUAUUAUUGUGGGAAAAGGUUUAUUGUUAAUGGUAAGACACACUUGGUUUUAAAUUUCUAUUCUGCCACUUACUGAUGCCACUUACCUUGGGCAAGCUAUUUAACACCAGUUGGAUAGUAUCUUAUAAUUUUUUGUUUUUAUAUUUGUGUAUUAUUUUGGGAGUAUGUCAUAAAUGUACUUGUUGGAAUCCUUAACUUGUCAGUGGCUCACUCUAGUGUGAAAGGAGGUUGACCUAGAAUUAUCUCUGACAUUAGAGGUCUGAAGGCUAUUUAGUAGAAACUGAAGUUUCAGCCCUAAUGAUUGAUAAUGACAAAUAAAAAUGGCCCUUCAGCUACAUAAUUCCUGUUCCUAGUCUGAAAGGAAUUUAUGGUUUUUUUUUUUAGAAUGGAAUAGAAAGCAGAAGAUUGGCUCUGAUUAUCUUGCAAGCUAGAAAUUCCACUUUGAACAACUAACUUACUGUUUAUGCUUGAAUCUCUUACUAGUUCACUAGUUCUGGAAGGGCUGAUAGGUUUGAGUGCUGCUUCUGAGAUACAAACCCAGAAUCUAGGUGUAGUUACAUUAAGAAGGCAGCCACUAUGAAGUGUCCAAUCCUGAGAACCUGUAAAACGACAAUGGAGUCCAACCCUAUUAGGAAAAUCCCAAUUAAUUCUAUUAGAGAUAUCCCAGAUCCCUUUUAAUCCUGGUCAUUAGACCUUGGGCUAAAAGGGAGAUAUUUAACACUUGCUGUGUGUCAGAUACUCUUGGGUCAUUCCACAUAACAUUAUCUUAUUUAAUCCUUGUUAUUUCCCUGUGAAAUACUUUGUGUUGUCCCCAUUUACAAUUCCUCAAAUGCCCAAAUUUUUAUUCAUCUUUUCAGCUUUUAUAUAUCUUAUACCCUCCAUCUGGAAUGGUCUUAUUCCUACUCUUUGCCUAAUGAAUCCCUGCUUGUCCUUCAGAGCUCAUCUCAGAUGUUACUACUCAAGGAAGCCUUCCUUACCCCGAGAAAAGCAAAACUUGGCCAUAAACACCUAAAAUGAAGAGCCCCCAAACCUUUGAGGAGCAAACGGAAUGCAUUAUAGACUCUCUACUCACAGACUUCUUAGGUCCCACUUGUCAGGUUGCUAACCGGACCCUACGUUGUGCAGACGAAGUAGAUUCAGGAGAGGUCUGCUCUUUUGAUGUGGCCAUCAUUGCUGGUCGCCUUCGGAUGUUGGGUGACAAGUUCAAUGGAGAAUUGGAAGCUUCUGCCAAAAACAUCAUCGCAGAAACCAUUCAGGGACAGGCAGGAGCUAUACUUCAGGACACAGUUAAUUCUCUCAGCAAGGCCUGGUGUGCCCAGGAUUCCAGCUUGGCUUAUGAGAGAGCCUUUCUGGCAGUGUCAGUGAAACUUCUUGAAUGUGUGGUCCGUAUGACUCCUGAGAUGGCAAGACAGGUGGCUACGCCCAUGACAAAUAUGAUCAUUGGGAACACUGCCAUCCGAGAGUAUAUCCAGGGCCAGGGAGGUUGGGUAAGUAUUUUGGGGCCCCUGGCUUUGCUAGACAUUUGCAUUGUUUUUGUACUAAUCUCUGGGACUCCAAUUCGUGGUUCUUUCCAUCAGUUGGAAACCAUGCAGGGAAACUGGCCUUCCAACUUUGCUGAAAAUGCUGGGAUUUUUUUGCCAUGGAAAAGGGGAGGAGUCAGAAGCUCAGCCAGUGGGUCUUGGACCCCAGAGCCAGGCUGCCUAAAAUGUUGACUGCUUACUUUGUCAAGCUAAUUUCCACUUCCUGUACAUAAUCAUCUAUGAAGUAUAUUAGUGAUGGAGUUCUAAUCUCAGUGUGACUUUGCUCUACUGGUAAAUUUCUGGGUCUUUUUUCCCUAACAUCUUUUGGGUGUGUGUUGAGGAAGUUCAGAAUCAUCUUACUAUUAUCUAACAAAAAAACAGUUAGUGACAUCUGCUGUAGUGGUAACAGUAGGAGGCAUUCUAAGUCCAUGUCUUAGUAAUCAUUAGAACAUCUGCUCUCUUAGAGCACUCCCCUUCAUUUCCAAGAUCAGCAGAAGCCUUAGUAAGAGCUCUCUUCCCUGGAGUUAUCUGUGGGUCAUUCUGGCUUCUUUAGGGAGUUCCUGAAGACCAUUCCUUUGACUGUAGGAUAUUCAUUGUCCUUCCUAGGAAAAUCUGGAGAGCUGAAGAAGAGGUGGAGCUGUUUUCCAGCCUGAAAAACUUUGAUCUUCUUUGACUGAUCGGGUGAUAGAUCUCUGGCAAUUAAAACAGAAACAACCAAAUCAAAACCUUCUUUCUCUUGGACAGAACUGAACUUAGCUGAAUAACCUGUUUUCUACUGAUUGUUAAAGUUAGGAGCAGCUCCCAGAGGUCUGUAGAGAUUUUAUACUUUCUGUUUUUACAUGAGUUUUAAUGAGGUUUUGUUGAAGCAAAGACCUCCAGACUUAAAGUAGUGACUCAUCAGUAGUGGAAUUCCAGGCAACAGGGCAGGCAUUUGCUGGAGAUACUGUGGGGAAAAGGGAACACACAGUAAACCAUUCCUUCAGAUUUAGUCCUGUCCUCUGGUAAGGAUCUUGUCUACUAAUUUUGCAGUCUAAAGGGUUUCAGGGAGAUCUUUGGUUAGAAAACCUUGUUAUUUUAAGUUGAGGAUUUUCUUUUAAAUUCAUAACCUAAAUCUCAUAUUAAUUUCACCUGAGCCAACUUAUUUUAUGUAUUUUCAAGGCUGGAAGCAAAAAAAAUAGCACUUUGUUCAUCUGCUCUUCUACUAGGAAGGCCAAAGAGCAAUAAAACAGUUGCUGCAUUUUUAUUGCCACAGGAUGCAGGAAGUGCUGGCCCACUUCUGGGACAGUAGGGCCAUCCGAGCUUAGAUGAGGCUAGCUACAUACCACAGUGUUUUUCAAAGUACAGUUUACAUACCACUUGCAUGUGACCUUAUAUGUUGCUGAUUUCCAGGCCCCAUCCGCUAGAGAUUCUGAUUCUGUAGGGGAGGGCUGGGGCCCAGGUUCCUAACUUUUUAAUCAGAUCCACUGGUGAUUCUAAUAUACACAUAAAUUUUGAGAACUGUCACUUUAGAGCAAGGGUUGGGAAAUUAGAGCCCACAGGCCCAAUCAGCCCACCGCUUUUAAAAUUUUUUUUUGUAAAGAAAGUUUUAUUGGAAUGCAGCUACACUCACUUGUUUACAUAUUAUUUAUGGCUGUUUUAGCAUCGCAGCAGCAGAGUUGAGUAGUUAUAGCAGACACCAUAUAGCCUGUCCUGUAAAGCUUAAAAUAUUUACUAUCUGGCCCUUCAAGUUUGCAGACCCCUGCUCUAAAGCUAAAUGAACAUUUCUCCUUGUGUAAUUUAAACUCUGUUGCAAUCAUGGUAAUUCCAAACAGAGCUGUAGAUAGGAUAACUCCUUUUUCAGAAUAUAGUCUGAGUGUUUGUUAGUUUUUGCAUAGUCCACACUUUCUUUAGAACCUUUGGCAAAAGGAGCUCUGUGACUCCUGAGAAUUCGAUAGAAGGUAUACAUUUCCCUGGCCCUGCCACAAGUGAUUGGAGGUAAAACAUAUGGUUUCUAUGGUCUGUGUAUCUCAUAGCAGUUCUUAAUAAUCUCAUAGAUUAGUAAGCAGUCAUCAAAUAGAGACUUCUUCAUCUCUAAGUCCCCAAACCAGACGAUUUACCUGAACAUCAAGAAGAAAAUCACUACUAAAGCAUUACUAUACCUAUUUUUCUAAGAGAGGCGUUAAUGGCUUUGGCUAAAGUUUAACAAAGUUAACCACAUCCCCUCCCUUCACCCAGCCAGCCAUCUGGCUCCCCUAGAUACACAGAAAUAAAGCUGUAGUGCUGUUAAUGUAUUCUGACUUUUUCAAGUUAUACUAUUUCCUCUAUUCUUCGAUAAAUCACAAUUAGGUUAGUAAUCCAGAAAUGAGAUUUCAUGUUUCUCUUUAGUAGAAAUUAUCUGUUUUUGCUACCAAUUUAAGACACUUGAUGUAUUCCUUUGUCCCUUACAUUACUGUAAACUCAG